AUGGUAACGGACGGCGGCAGCGGUACUUGUACGUUCAGCACGCCGUUACUCUUCGAAAAUAAUUACUCGUCUUUUGCGAGCCAACACCGGACCGCGGCGAUUUCGCACGGAAUACAGUGAGUGAAACAUUAAUAUUAACAUUACAAGCGGUACGACUUGACAGGUACGCGUCACAAUAUCCGUAACGGUCGUGUGUCCGACCUGCGUCAGUGGCGUAGCUGGACGGGAAACGGCCCGGCGGGCAACGGUGGAAAAACUACAGGAGGUGUGACACAAACAAAUCGGAAUAAUUCGUGUCGACAACUGGGGAAACCUGGCACUUUGGAAGAAAUGUCUUCCUCUUUGGAAUUUAAUUCGUCGACGCGAUUUACAGCAGGACCAUUGUUAGAGAAGUUGAUUAAAUCCGAAACAGUUCUUACUGAGAAUGUGUAUUUUAUAAUUUAUAAUUGACACAGCCAUUUGUAGUUUGGAAAAACGCUUUAAAAUUUCUUCAAAACUUAUGGCCCAAUCUAAAUUUUAAAAAAUUCGACAAAUAAUCGGAGAAUCUACUUUUUUUUUGGUGUAUAAACAAUAUGCUUAUGUGGCCACCACUCUAGAUCUAAAUCCCGGUGACAAUUUUAGUCCCAGUCCGCCUCUGAAUAAAUGUAAUGUUACUGAUACGAAAAUAUUCGUGUUUGAUAACAGUCGACUCGGCAGUAUAACAAUUUAUAUACGUACGCGGUAAUUGUUAUUUCGGCCGUUUUUAUUCGGUGAUUAUGAUACAAUUAUUAUUGAUACUAUGCGAUGCCGUUCAUUGCAUGUUAUUGUAUGUAUUAUUAUUAUACAUUAUUUUAACAUUACUGACUGUGAUUGACCGGAAUUACCGCGUACGGUUUGGAACAUAAACUAUUAAAUGCAUCAAAAUUCGAAAUUAUUAUGCGGAAGUAAUUUCAGAAUAAAUCGCCCGUGAACACCGACCCCUCUUGAGCUCUGGGACCCCGGGGCACUGCCUCACUUUGCCCUAUGAUAACUACGCCACUGAAUUCCUACACGCGCGACGGGUCACAACGGUCGAGACAUUUUGAACGGCCGGUUCGCGGUAAAUUCAAACGAUGCAGAUUUUUAUGGCGAAAACUUUUUAUUAUUUUUUCUACCCACACGAAGUUAACCGAAUCCGAACGUUCAAUUUCGCUGUUUACAUCAAAACAAUCAUUGUCGCGUACGAAAACUGCCCGCUGACUUCGAAUAGUCAAAUACUCAAAUAUUAUAUAUUCAAUUGACAACAGCAAUUUAUUGUGCGUCGAUCGCAUUCGUCUGAUAAAAUUUAACUAGUGACAACGAUCAAAUGCAUUUACAGUUUACGAAACUGGAUGCACUAUGAAACACAGAGUUGCAUUGUUGUCGUAUAAUUAUCACAUAGAAUUCAUUUUAAAUACGUGGGUUCAUCUACAAUUUUUUUGUUUAAUGACAAUGUUGAAUGUAAGUGGUGAUAUUUUUUUAAUAAUUUGGUCGGUGGGUGAGUGGUGGUGGCUUAAAAAUGCCUAUACCAGCGUUUCCCAACCUUUUCCCCUCACGGCACACUAAUCCUAACCUACAUUUAACUGUGGCACACUUGACACUGACUUAUACAUGUAUAUAUUUUUGUAUUUUUUAUAUUAGGAUUUUACUAUAUUUAUACCAAAAUAGUUUUAAAUCAGUAAAUUACUAGUAAAUAAUUUUAAAUUAUGUGUUUAUUUAGGUUACGAAAAUUCAUGUAAAAUCAUAUUUCAAUUUAUUACAAAUGUUAAAUUUAAUGAUUUGGAAAAACAUAUAUAUUAAGAUUAGUUUAUACAAAUUUAGUCCUAAUGAGAAAUUUGUGCCUGGUUUUACUUCAUUAUAAGUUUUAUUCGUGGUCGAAUGGUUGACAAGCAUACCCUCAUGUCGUCUUCUGAGUUCUUCAGUUGUGAUCGAUUUUUGGUUUUAAUGGCAUUCAUUUAAGAGAUUGCUGCUUCACAAAAAUAGGAUAUAGAAAAUGGCAGGAUAGCAUUCAUAGUUUUCCUUGAAAUCUUGGGAUACUCGAUUAACAGAUGUAUCCAAAAAUAUGAGAUAUCUACAUUUAUUUUGAUUUUUUUCAACUAAUUUAGAGUACUGUAGCUUAAGACUACGGUGAUUUUUAAUAUCGAUUUAAUUCACUUUCUUCAUCUGUGGUAAACAAUGCAGUCUCGUAAGCAGAAUCCAUGAAUGGAUUUCUUACCGAGUCCAUUGAUGAAACGUCCAGAGAUGGAAAAUACUAUUUAAUAUUUGUAUAAAGCAGGUGUAGACUGUUUAAAAUGAAUAAAAAGGGCUUAUAAAAUAAAUUUUGGUUUAAAUAAAAAUGUUAGUAUGAUGACUAAAUUUGCUUCACGACGGACGACUAACGACUAACCAAGCUUUUAGUAAAUACAACGAUUUAUCAAGAAUUCAAGAUUUUAACAAUCAGGUAGAUUACCUAUAUCGCCUAUAAGAGAAUCGUUUAAUAUAUUUUAAGCUAUUAUCGGAAUUUUAGUAAACGUUUAUUGAUAAUCAUGAUAUUUCGCGGCACACCCAUAGAGUGCUCACGGCACACCGGUUGGGAAACGCUGGCCUAUACGUUACGUUAGACAUCACGAAGAAAUCGACUGUAUACAAAAUAUAAACGGUCACCGAUUUUGAACGUUACAAUCGGAGCGAUUUGGUGAGGGGAAGCUGGUUGUAUAUACAAGCCAUUCGAAUUCAUUUGAUAAUUUAAUUUUGAGUGUGUGUCACUGAAUUAGUGCAUAAUACGUGCAAUUUAUAUUUAAAAAGUAAUAUUUCAAAGUAUUUACUUUUUUUUUUUUAAAGUUCAUAAAAUUGAACGAACAUUUUGGUAACUUCGAUGUAUUUUAUUUUCUUAACCACAAACUUUAUCACUAAAAAAGUAGAAAGUGUAAUAUUACGAAUCUUAAAUAGAAACUUUUAUGAUUGUGGUUUGAAUUCAUUACCUAUAAUCGGUAAUUAAAAGGCGUUUUGAUGUAAUAUCAGUAUAUCUUUUUUUUUAUACAUAUAUAAUGUUCUAUUUUUAAUAGGUACCAAUCAAAUGGAAUCGUAAUAAACCGCGACGAAGAGUAUAAUACGGCAAACAAACGACUUUCAUGGACUCAUCUCUCCCCUCAGGUUAAUUAAUCAUUUUUAAUCCGUAAACCCGAUUAUUAAGAGGCCGACGCGCGCAAUGCGGUAUUUAAGGGGAUAAGAAUAGGCAAUUUUAACGAAAUUUUAUUUUUGAACAUGUAAAUAUUGAUCUACUUAAAAUUAAUAUUCAAAUUUAAUUUUAAAAUAAAUUUUAUAGUAUCUAGAUAUCCUCGUAGUAGAUAGAUCCUCGUGAAAUUAUAACAAGUAUUUUUAAUGUAAUAUAAUAUAACCGUAAAAAAAAAAGCUAUGUCCAUUACGCAAAAUGGAGAAAAAAGUAUCAUUCAAAGUGAUUUUAGAGGUAAAACAGAUGAAUAUUUCCGAGGGAACCUAAUAUACGUUCUCAAUAUAUAUCGUGUGCAAUACAUCCUAUAGUUCGAUACCACAAAUGUAAAAAUAUAUAUUUUUUAAACUCUUAUUCUGAAGAUUCAGAACUUUGCAGAUUGAUAUUUUGAAAACACAGUCGAGGUUCUCUCAGAAAUAUCGCCCACUACUACAAUGUACUUUUUUUUCUGUCUGUACUUUCAAUAAAAACAAUUUUGUUCCGAUCAUCUACUUUUGGAGUGGUUUCUGAAAGAAAAUUUCAUCUAUUAUGUGCGUUAAAGAGUUCGUUUUUGAGUUUUCUUAAUAACUGGGAAAACGUGUACAAUAACGGUUUCUGUGAUAUUAUAAUUAAUAAAUGCAUAUAUUUUUAUAGUAGUAGGUAAUUCGGGUAAAAUUUUUGUUGAAAUCUGAAUAUUUAAACCGAAUAUUUAUAAUAGCAUUUUCUAGAUAUGAUACGGUUUUCAAAGCAUUCUGGAAUUUUUUUUUUAUAAGUUAUUUAGUGCUAUGUGAAAUUGUCGAGUUUUUUUUAGCUCUUAUUUGGUUUUCUUCUUCUUUAAUAGUCAGCGGGUCAUGAAAUCUCAUCGUUGCCGCCACAACAUCAUUCCAUCGGUUCCCGUCAUAUGUCUUCUCAAUUUGUUUAUUUUCGCUGACCAUUUUAAAUCCUUUUUCACCACAUCUUCCCAUCGUGUUCUGGGCCUUCUUAGAAGUCUUUUGCCCGUAAUUCUUUCUUCUGUUACUUGUUUAAUUAUUUUUCCAUCUGCUCUCCAAACAUGCCGGAACCAUUAUAUCAUUUUACUUCUACUCAAAGAUAAAAUGGUAGGUCUUUCACAUAUGUUUGGCACAUCAGCAUUAUGUUUUCUUUCGUAAGCUCUCGUUUUCGUAUUAUGCGCUGGUCCAAAUAUUUUUCCAAGCACUUUUCUUUCUAUCGUACUAAUUUUAGAAUAGUAACAAUUUUUAAUUUUAUUUGGUUUUACAUGGAUAAAACUUGUAUGACCUCAUAAAAAUGAUUAAAAUUUCGGGACAAAAAAAAACCCCGGCCAAUUGUUCCAAAUGGGUCAAACCGAACUUCGCUCAGAAUCGUUUUUGUGUCACAGUAAUUUUUGUUCGCGUGUACGAAUAUAAAUUAAACUAGCCUUUACUUUUCCGACUCAACAACUACAACAGUAGCUCGUCCAUCGUGCGAAGUAUAUUUGUAUUUUAAUGAUAUUGGUAUUUUAUCCUUUAUUUUUCGUGAACAUAUUUUGUCCUACGAAAAUCAUCGGCGACAUGCCCUCUUAAUAAUUUACUCUCGAAUAAAUACUAGAUGCUGAGCAUGUCGAAGCAUCUAUAGUUUCAUAAUAUUUAAACCGUGUAUUUUAAUAAUGUAAUAUAAAUUAGAUAUUAGUGAGCAUCGUCGCUUUCAUGUUGGUCACCCAGCCCGGAAUCAACAUGGUCUAUUCGAGUAUAUUCAUGAAUCACUACGAGUUUACAGACGUAUCAGAACUGUCUUGGUUGAGUAAGUACAAUAUAAAGUAUCGUUAAUUGUUCACAAUUUUUUAUUAGUAUACGAUAAUUUAAAUUGUUUCCAUUGCCAUCUCUAUAUUAUAUUAAAUAAUAUUGAUUGAUUUGCCAAUUUUUCCUUGAGAAAACAUUUUUGUAAACUUCGACUAAUUUUAGAAAAUUAACGACUCGCCGUAAGUAUUAACAUUUUGUAACACCAAAUCAAUGUAGCGAAAUCAGUGUAUAAAAUGACCAUCUUGGAUUUAGUAAAAUAAAAUUUGUAUACAUGUUUAUUUUUAAAAGUAUGUAAAAUGGAAGUCAUUGCGUAAGGCACUGUUAGAAAAAAAACUCGAUAAUAUUGAACAGAACAAAAGUUAUUGCAUCUGUAAGAUCUCCGUGGAAUAUCUUGUAAACAGACUCAGACACAAUUCAGAGAAAAUACUCUAUUUUCGGGGGAAAUUGAUACCAAAUUCUAUAGGCAAUAAUUCUGUUUUUGCAUAUUUCACAGUUAUUCAAUGUAUAUUUUAAUUCCGGACUCUACGAAAAUUGGCUAUUAAAUAACGAGACUGCGCGCGCAGAGAACGUCCCAAAGAGGUUAGGGGAAAACCGAAUACAGCGCUGGUUAGUUGGAAGUGUCUAUUAUGCCAGUACAAAAUUGGGUUUUUGUUGGUGCAUUAGUAUUUUUUCUGUAGCGUUUAGAAACGAACAUGUUUUUUUCUCUUGCCGAAAACGGCAAAAACGAAAAACAAGAGCAACGGAUAAACUUAAAAUUUUCUCGUUAAACUAAAAAAAACUCCAACUGAGUGCUAUAAGUUGUUAAAAGAGGCCUAUAGUGAGGAUUUCCUAUCUCGGGCGCGUGUUUUUGAGUGGCACAAAUUAUUUUCUGAAGGUCGAGAGUGCACCGGAAUCAAAUCCAGUCGUAAUCCAAAUUCAAAACCGUUUUCUUCGAUAUCAACGGCAUCGUGAUGACAGAAUGGGUUCCAGAGGGUAAAACUGUGAACCAACAUUACUAUUUGACAGUUUUGGCAACAUUGCGCGAAUGAGUUUGUAAGAAACGGUCGAUAUUGUGGAAAAACAAGUCGUGGAUCUUGCACCAGGAUAAAGCGUGAAGCGUUAUUUGGCCGCUUAAGACACUCCAGUACUCGAACACGCGUCUUACUCGGUCGACUUGGCACUCUGCGACUUUUACUUGUUUCCGAAAAUAAAGUCUGCCUUAAAAGGAAUCCGGUUUGGGUCGAUGGAAGAGGUGAAACAAAAAUCGGCGGAACUCCUGAAUGGUCUUACAAAAACAGAUUUCCAGCACUGCCUCGAGCAAUGGAAGAAACGAAUGAAACGGUGUGUGACGAGGGGUGGGAGUAUAUUGAAGGGGAGCAUUUUAAUGUAGAAUAACUUUUAUAAUAAAACACUUUUUCGUAACCAGUCUCGUUAUUUAAUAGCCACACCUCGUAUUUUAGUCACGUGUAUUUCAAAUAUCGACAAUACCGGUUAUUUUCAAACGUGCAGUAAUUCUAUUGCGCGCGUCCCAAUAUUCAUUUCCCGAGGCUAAAGUAUUUCUGUGAAACUUGUAAUGCGUAUUUUUUUUCCGAGAUAACGUUUGUAUUAAAAGUGUUGAACAGUCGGUUUUUAAUCAUGAAUAAAAAAACGGUUUUAAUCUCGCAAUAUACUGAACGGUGGGCCUUCAGUCGUUUUCACGGGGCAGAACCUUCACCGGGAAACUUUCAGGCGGGCAGUGGCUGAUCUCUCUUUAAACAUAUUAUUAUGUAUACCUAUUACGUGAAUUUCGUUUCGGAUCGAUUGUUAAAUUUUUUUUCUUCCUAUUAAGUAUAAUAUGAGUAAAUGUAAUAUUUUCAAGUCGUAAAUCGAAAAAUAUAUCAUUGACUGUAAAACAUAGUGAAUAUUUAUUUGCGCAACGUCAAAACGUGAUGAUUCACGAUUUCCGUCUGUAUCGAAUAUUUUAAAGUAUACAUAAAAGGACCCCCGGGUAAGAAUCUAUAUCGAUUUUAAAACUUAACCAAUCUCGUCGAAAACUACAGUAGCCACCAACCAAUAUUGAUCCUCGGGUCCCAAGGCUCGAACCAUAAUCCAUUAGUAAUGGCACGUAGAUUUCGAUUUAUGAGAUAAUAAAAUAACGGCAAGCCAUAUUAUAAAUUACAGUAGACGUGCACCGAAUAAAAAUGCGCUUUUUUCCAAACUAAUUUUUAAAGUGGUCCGAACAAAUGUCGGUGAGGUAAGAGUGAGGCUACACGUGCACUAUAACCUAUAACCUCCCUCCCGAAUGUAUUACGCCCCAUGGCCGGCUCGUCCGAAUCCCAGCCGAAGUCUAAACCUAACCGUGUUUCUAUUAUAGCGGGCAUCUUAGUCUUGAGUACAUCGAUCGGGGCAAUCACGAUCGGCGUGAUAAUGGACCUGAUCGGCCGGAAAAACGCUCUUUUACUGACGUGUGCCAUGCUGCUCAUAUCCUGGUUGAUCGCUUCGGUAGAUGGCCACGAGAGCAUGAGUUUGUUUUACGCUUGCAGAUUUUUCGCGGGCAUCGGCGGAGGUAAUGAGCACCGAAAAAUUGUAGAUUUACUCACUAUAUUAUAAUGUAAAAUGUUAUCCCUCCAGUAAAGUGUAUAGAGUCCUGAAAAAACUUUUGAAAAAGUCGAAAAAUGGCCCAAAGUACCUCCCACACACCAAUUUCUUUUCAGAAAAAAUGCUACACUUAAAAAUCGAAGCCAGAUCUCUGGUAGAAAAGUUGUCCACAGAAAAAAUAAAAUAAACAUCAUUGUAAAACCAUUUGUUUCGCUCAAAAUCUAAAACGAUUAGGCCUGAAGUGAUUUGUACGCCGAUCGCCCGUAAGGACUUCCGGCUAUACCAAAUGCAGUGUACCCCGUCGGUUUACCAAAAACCAUAAACCAUUCACCAUAUUGAAUAUCGUCUUAUUUGUGACGUUUUCGCAGUGGUGACAGUGGUGAAACGUCAUUAUAUUUUACGCUAAUUCUCUGUAAACGAUUAUUCGAUAUUAUAGACGUAAUAACAACCAGUCAUUAUAUUACUUAUUCGCGAACUACAUUUCAGACCUAUGACGGUAAUGCGGAGGUAUAUCUCCGGUUUUCAGGUAUGACGAUCGGUAGUGUCAUUUACGUCUCGGAAAUAGCUCACGCGUCGUACAAACAAGUGCUGUUAUCGUUGAACAGCGUGUUCUUCUCGGUAGGCGUGCUGUUCGCCACGGCCCUGGGAUCUCUGUUCCCGUGGCACGUCGUCAACAUAACGUUUUUAAUUUACACCGCCGUCACCAUGGCCCUCUUGGUGGUCUUUCUGCCGGAGAGCCCGGUCUGGCUGAUCAGGUUCGGUACCGUCCGGGCGCACGAAGCCAGGUGUUCACUGAAAAGGAUAUACCCGCGAAACGACCAGGUACGUGUUAUUUUUAUUGCUAUUGUUAUUAUUAUUACUAUUUUUUUUAACAAUUUAUAAUUCGGCGUGCCCAUUUGUAUAACGAAAUAAUACGUUUUGUUCCGUUUGACAGGUGUUCGCGGAGGAAUGGGACCGAAUAAUGCACGUCUGGAGGCAGCCUGCGCCUUGUUAUAGGCCACCAAUAACGGUGCAGGACUGCACGCUAACGUCAUUUCGCGUGGUCAACCCGUCGACCCACGACCGCGGCAAACGUCGCGGUCGGGUGCGAUGGUGGUGGUGGUGUUGGUGUACGCCACAGCCGACCUCGGUGACCAGACCGGCGACCGUGCUAGCCGUUGUGUUCCUGUUGCAACAGCUGAGCGGCUGCUAUCCCGCGCUGUUCUAUUCCGUACCCGUUUUCCGGUCAGUGGUCGGCUGCACGGACACCAAGACGGGCCCGUCCCAGAUGGACACGCUUAUCGCGUUCGGAGUGCUCAGGCUGUUGACCAGCGUGGUGGCGUGCACGCUAUCGCCGCACAUCGGCCGACGGCGGCUGUUGAUCGCCUCAGCGUUGGUCAUGGCGUGUUCGGCCGCUCUAGUGGCGGCCACGUGUUCACCUACGGCGAGUCCACUGCAACUGCAGUUUCAGUACGACGAUGACCCGACCAAGACGCCGGUGUCACUGCCACUGCUGCCAUUAGUGGGAAUCGUAGCGUUCGCGUGCGGCAGUUCGGCUGGCGUGCUUGUGUUCCCGUGGACGCUGGUCGGCGAACUGUUGCCCGUCACGUCCCGGGCCGUGGUGGGCGCCGCACUCGUGUCAUUCGCGUAUGUGCUCAUGUUCGUCGUGCUCUUGGCGUUCCCAUACUUCAUAGCGGUCGACGUAGGCGGCGGCGGUGGCUCGGUGGCCGUUGCUUUCACCGUGUUCGCCGCCGUCUCACUGACCAUGGCCGUCUACGUAUACGUUCGACUGCCGGAAACGCUGGGAAAACAGUGCGACGAGAUCGAACGGCAGUUUACCGAUCCGUAG